AUGAAAUAUUUGUCACGUGUUGAGAAGCAAGUCAGUUAACCUGGCCAAAAGCUAACGUCAUCAGAAACACCAACAGAGAGUCCAGAGAUACCAAUGGAAAAUACCAUGUCCCCUGAAGUUUCUGUUGUGGAAGGAAAGGUGAAGUCAAGUGACAGUCCAGUUGAGAGAUGGGGGGCAGGCUCAGACAAGGAAGAAUGCCUUGAGCCCAUGUCCAAGAGGCAAAGGAAGAAGCUAUUGAAGCAGAAACAGUGGGAAGAACAGAAAGAUCUACGAAGGCAGAAACGAAAAGAAAAACGACAGAAGAGAAAACUAGAACAUCAGUCAAAAUUGGACUCCAGAAAUGAAGGGAAUGACAAAAAGCGUAUGCGAAGGGAAGCUGUUCCUAGUACACUUCGCCUCAUUGUGGACUGCAGCUUUGAUGACCUGAUGGUGCUAAAGGAUGUUAAGAAGCUUCACAAGCAAAUUCAGAGAUGUUAUGCAGAAAACCGCAAAGCAUUUCAUCCUGUGCAGUUUUACUUGACCAGCCAUGGGGGUCAGUUGAAGAGCAACAUGGAUGAAAAUGACAAAGGAUGGGUGAACUGGAAGGAUAUCCAAAUUAGAACAGAGCACUAUAGUGAGCUAAUAAAGAAAGAAGACCUAGUAUAUCUUACCUCAGAUUCCCCGGACGUUCUCAGUGAGCUUGAUGAGAAGAAAGCCUAUGUGAUUGGAGGACUGGUGGAUCACAACCACCACAAGGGAAUUACUUACAAAAAAGCUGUAGAGCAGGGAAUUGGUCAUGCACAGCUCCCACUUGGAAACUUUGUCAAGAUGAACAGUCGGAAAGUGUUAGCUGUUAAUCAUGUGUUUGAGAUCAUCCUUGCAUACCUGGAGAAGAGAGAAUGGAAGGAAGCCUUUUUCAGUGUCUUACCACAGCGGAAAGGGGCUGUUCCUUUGGGAGAAGGUAGUGAUUCACCCAAGCAUGCUCUGUCUGGAAAAGAUGAUGAAGGCAAUGACUUAGACAGCAACUAGGCUUCAGAAUGAGAAGAUGAGAAAGAUGAUACAUGCAGCUCAUGGGAUAAAACUAGGACAUGAAGUAGUUCUGCUCCAAAGACCAUCUGCUGCUCUUGUGAUACUGAAUUGUCUCCAUGCUCGGUAGUUCCACUGUUUGCCCAGAGCUGUUCCUGGAUGUAAAGGGUAAAGAGAAAUGCAGUUUCUUACCCUGACACUUCCAUAUUAAUAGCUUUAAAAAAAAAUAAUAAAUUGAUGACAAAUGCAGAAUUUAUUUUGUUUCCC